UUAAGCAAGACAAAGAAAUCCCCAUGGACAAGCCUCACCUAUGUGCCAUGCGCAGUGCCUGCAUUUCCACGGUCAUCAUUUCCUUCACCCUGAGCCACGGGAGGAUGUGGAGAAGUCCCACCUCUGCCAUCACUUUUCCCUUGCACAGGUGAUGCUGACUUUAGAGGACAAGAACAUGAAGGGACUCACCUGGGCCAUAGUCCUGGUCUUGACCUCCCUGGGCUACCUGCUCAUACUGCUGGUCUCCAUCUUUCCCUUCUGGGUGCGGCUCAUGGACGAGGAGACCCAGGAUGUGUUUUUCAGUGGCCUGUUUGAGAACUGCUUCCAUAUCAAAUGCUGGAAGCCUCGACCCUUAUCCAUCUACAUCCUCCUGGGCCGGUUCUUCCUGAUCUCUGCAGUUAUCUUGGCUUUCCUCACCAUCUUCCUCACGGUGUCCUCUGCGUCUGAACUCUUCCCAAGGACUUGGAAGCACAAUGUUGUGUCAGCCACUGUCAGCUUCCUCACAGGGAUCUGUGCCUUCCUGGCCAUGUUGCUGCAUGCCCUGGAGAUCCGGGAUCUGAGGAUGAAGCCCAGUCCACCACAGUUCUCCAUGCAGUGGCCUUACUACAUCCUGGGCUUUGACAUCCUUCUGUUCCUGGUGGCUGGUGCCAUUUGCCUUUCUCAAGGAAAAAUCUGCCUUAGAUGUCGCUUGUUGCCCAUUUACCAGAGCACUGAAGAUGUCCAGGGGACCCUACACUUGGAAAAGCUGGAAAGCUUGGGAGGAAAACUGAGCUGGGUACAAAAGGAGACCCAGCUGAGGGAAGCAACAGUUAUCUAGCCCAGGACAUUGUCUCUGCCCUUCCUGAAGCUGUGUGGCGACGCUUGCAGGUGUGUGCGGCAACUCCUUCUCUGCCAGUCUCUGCUGCCUUGAGGAGCUGUAGCAUCAAGCCAACCUUCCACGCCCUGGCACGCACAGACAGUCCA